AUGGUCAACAGCCUGUGGUUCAAGUGGAAGAGCCUUCGGCUCCCCUGGCGACGAUCGAUUCUUGCUGGCCAGGAUCUUACUGGAAACACCUUCUGGCUAUUUAAAGACGCGAAUACCAGCAGGUAUCGACGAAUGGUCAAGCCCGACCCCAAAAUGCACCACAGCGAUCUACAAGUUUCACCGCAAUGGCAUCAGUGGCUUCGAUAUGUCCGUGAAGAUCCACCGAGCAUCGAGGAACAGCAGCAGGACCUCAUCCGCCAAGCACAGAUUAAACAACUUGCCCGACUAGCUGAUGAACGGUGGGCUAGCAAACCAUCCUUCCUCGAUAAACCCAAGACGCAACCGCCACUUCCCACCACCGAGACCAGUGAUGCUUCUAUCAAUACUACCUCGCAUCCUCCCGCAGACUCCUCGACACCCGCACCGCCCUCUCAGUCCAACCCCGUCUCUGCCGAGCAAACGUCCAAGAAAGAAAAGGAUCCGUGGGCAAAUGCGAACAGUGGAAAUCCAGGAGACAGCUGGCAACCAGAUUCAUGGACUCCUACCUCUCACCGAUGA